UUGAAUUUCCACCAACGACAUAAAGAUAACGACCAAGUAUAGCAACGCCCAUCUGACAGCGAGCUGUCUGCAUUUCAGGAAGAUGUGUGAAUUCCUGUGUUACUGGGUUGUAACUGAUGAGAUCAGGAAGGUGCCGUGACACUUGUGUACAUCCACCAACAAUGUAAAUCAAUCCUUCAAAGGAAACCUUGAAUUAAACAACAGAAGAAAAUUAAAUGUAAUUUAUCAACAGUCUCCCAGCAAUCUUUUAUGGGGUUAUAAGAUUCAAUUGAGUCACCGAUAUCUUCACCAAUCCAUCCACCAACAGCCCAUAAUGUUCCACCAAGUGCACAAAGACCAAAUUCACAUCGAGGUGUGUUCAUUGCUGGUAAUGCUUCCCAUGUGUUGCUGAUUGGAUCAUAAACUUCUCCGUUUGCAAAUAUUUGCGAGCCUCGUUCUCCACCGACAACAUAAAUUUUCGAACUCAGUGUCGUAACUCCUGGGAGGAUUCUUCCAACUUCCAUCGAAGCAACAUC